AUGUACACCGCCGACCCCUCCGCCCACGUCUUUAACGGGCGCGUGUACAUCUACCCCUCGCACGACCGCGAGACCGACAUCCAGUUCAACGACAAUGGCGACCAGUACGACAUGGCUGACUACCACGUCUUCUCCACUCCCUCCCUGGACCCCCAGGGUCCCGUAACCGACCACGGCGUCGUCCUCAAGACCGAAGACGUUCCUUGGGUAUCCAAGCAGCUCUGGGCUCCCGACGCCGCCUCCAAGAACGGCAAUUACUACCUCUACUUCCCCGCUCGUGACAAGCAGGGCAUCUUCCGCAUCGGCGUCGCCGUUGGUGACAAGCCCGAAGGCCCAUUCACUCCCCAGCCGGAGCCGAUCAAGGGAUCGUACUCGAUCGAUCCCGCCACGUUUGUUGAUGAUGAUGGCGAGGCUUACUUGUAUUUCGGUGGACUGUGGGGUGGACAGCUGCAGUGCUACCAAAAGGGAAACAACGUGUUUGACGCCGAGUGGCAAGGGCCCAAGGAACCCACGGGCAAGGGCGUCAAGUCCUUGGGAGCUCGUGUAGGCAGGUUGACGCAGGACAUGCUGGAGUUUGCGGACGAGGAGGAGGGUGUGCGCGAGGUGACCAUCCUGGCUCCCGAGACGGGCGAGCCGCUGGACGCGGACGAUCAUGAGCGUCGCUUCUUUGAGGCCGCGUGGAUGCAUAAGAGGAACGGCAAGUACUACUUUUCUUACUCGACGGGCGACACGCAUUUCCUGUGCUACGCCGUGGGCGACUCGCCUUAUGGACCGUUUACCUAUGGUGGAAGGAUUCUAGAGCCGGUGCUGGGGUGGACGACGCAUCACUCGAUUAUGGAGUUCCCGGAGAAGAGUGAUAGGUGGUGGUUGUUCCAUCAUGACUGUGAACUGAGCAAAGGAGUGGAUCAUUUGAGAAGCGUGAAGGUUAAGGAGAUCUUCUUUGAUGAGGAGGGGAGGAUUUGUGGGGAAAAGCAGCCGGCUGGGAAGUAA